AUGCAGGCUUCAUUUGGGCUUCAUUGGGAGCAUGACGAAGAUGCUACGGGGUUCGCUAACGAGCUGCGAACCGCUGAAUUGCUGACAGACAAGUCUGUUGGAAUUGACCUGGACUUGGCAAAGAAUGUUAGCAUGAAGAUCUACCCGCUCACGCGCAGCCUCAACCCAGAUGACAAGAGCAAGCCUUUUCUUUUCGUCAGGAACCAAACUCGUGUCGUAUGGCGGAUGGCCAUGAACAAGAGACGCGUAGCGGUGAUAGGCUCCCCUGGCAUCGGGAAGUCCUUCUCCAUUUUCUACUUCCUACGUCUCCUCAUGGAGGAGAACCAGACCUUCGUCUUCGAGGCACGCAAGUGGGGCAGAGUGUAUUUGUUCCAGCCGGGCAGCGGGGCCUACACCGUCGGCAGUAUGGGGCUUCAGCCUUGGAGCGCUUCUGACUGCAAAGAGCUGAAGGUCUCUCAGAACCACUACGUGAUCGACCCGGAUAGGGCUGAGGACGGCAAAGUUGUGUCGGUGUGUGCCAACACAAUCAUCGCUCCUUCCCCUGACGUCAACCACCUGGGUGAGUUCCGAAAGGCGCGGGGUUUAGUCAAACUUUACAUGGCGCCACUAACUCUGGAAGAGACGAUGGUUUACGCCCCGUACUUUGGCGUCGAUGAGCAACGAGCUACACAGCUUUUUCAAGAUUUUGGUGGCGUCCUCCGGAAAGUGAUGGCGACAGAAGCUGAGGUCAAGGAUCUACGAAAGGAGAGGGAAUCAGUAGUAGGGGAUAAGGGACUUGUGAGAACGUUUUUCAACUCUGGUGGUGUACUGCAUCACAGCCAGGGGGCAAAACCAUUGAGCCAAGUGUUUCUCAUUGUCCCCUCCGAAGAAGAUCCCACGGAUUACCGUGUGGAGUUUGCGGGAAGCGGGUCAGAGAAUGCCUUGGUCAACAAGUUUCAGACGGAGCUCAAGACCCUGUUGAAACCCCUGCAGCAGGGCUCGCAGCUUCUGGACGGCAUCUUCGAAUCUUUCGCUCACAACACUCUCAGCAGUGGCGGCAACUCUUUCCACAUCCGAAUGCAAAAGGUCAACGGAGGGCUACUCGAGCUCCUCAAUACAGCUGCGAGCCAACCGAACACCUACUGCACAGCCAGAAAGAACACGGCAGUCAUCGAUGGAUGCUUUUUUAAUGGGACGACCUUGCAUGCCUUUCAGAUAACAACAGGCAAACGCCACCCGUUCAAGUCGGACAAGAUGAAUGAGGCGCUUGCCAACAUGACCAACCGUCCAACAAGGAUCAGACUGUAUUGGGUGGUACUUGUAGAUUUCUUUGACUUUUCAAGAAAGGCAAUGGCAGGUAGUAUUCGCGGCAUCACAAUCGAAGAGACUGUUCUAAGUCUCAGCGAUCCAAGAAACCCACUUUCCAAAGAGAACCUCGAACGAAGACUCAACGAGCUUCCGAGCGAGGAGGCCAAGCUUAGAGAAGGACUUACAAGAAGGCUGCAAGGCUGGCAGAGCAAGCCACGGCUUGACUCGAUAAAGUCUAAAGACGAGCUCGCAAAGGCUCGCGCACUGGUGACCUUUGAAGAGAGUCACGUCAAGGAUUUGUGCAAGAAGCUUGGGAUCAAGCAAACCGUGGAAUGGCUCGAGCAAGCUGUCAGAAGAUGGACAGAACUGUUGGAAGCUCUGAAACCUAUGCCCGACGGACCGCGGAAGCCAACAGAAAAAGAGUCCCGCGAAGAUGCUGCUGAGCCGGAUGAUCAAGGCGAUGGUGAAGCUGAGGAGGUGUGCGGCUUGCAGCUUUGCCAGUCGUUUCAGCUGCUCCUGAGGCUCGUGGAUCGACACCGUCGGUUCGACAAAGUCCACACGAAGGUCACAUGUGGGCAAUUGCGGACUCGACCCAAUCAGCGGAAGAAACUCCUACCCCUCCAGGCCGCCGCGUUCUGGAGCGAGUUCCGGCCGAAACCGGGGAGAAGGAUUCCCAACGCACCAAGAGCGUCCACACCAGGGCACCGAUCCAGAAACUACGAGGCCAGAAGACGACGCGCGCACCUGCAAUAUCCUGCAAUGCUUCAGACCCAGCCACCCAGCCCCGAAGCCACGCGGUUGGAGGCAGCCGUGCAGCCGACAGGAGUGACCGACGGGAUGUGCAAGGCUCUUCGGCUUUUCUUUCAGCUGGCCUUUGCGAGUGCAGUGGAAGAAGUGGUGCUGGACAAUUUCAAGUCUUAUGAAGGGCAGGUUAGAGUGGGACCCUUCAAAAAGUUCACGUGCAUUGUCGGCCCCAAUGGCGCGGGCAAAUCGAACUUGAUGGAUGCCGUCAGCUUCGUCCUUGGCGUCCGCACGCGACAUCUCCGAGGAGAUCGACUGCAGGAUCUUGUGCACCGCCGGGAAGACGACGGCAUCGAGGAUGUCGCGCAGCGUAGCUGCUCGGUGGAGCUGGUCUACAGAUUCGAUGCCCCUCAGGAAGGCUGCCCCGAGACGAAGAUGUUUCGGCGGGUCAUACAACCCAGCACCGAGGCACGCUACCAGAUUGAUGGGCAGGCGGUGUCCCAGGAAGCGUACCUCGCGAGCCUCGAGGAGAUCAACAUCCUGUCCAAGGCAAGGAACUUCCUUGUCUUCCAGGGGGCAGACAUCGAGGCUGCAGCGCAUCGCCAGGGCAAAGAUCUCACGGCUUUCUUCGAGCAGGUUUCUGGUUCUAUGGCUCUCAGCGGAGAGUACGAAAAACUGGCCUCGGAGAAGGUGCGCGGCUUUUCGCAUUCUGACAUGCCAGACUCAGACGACUUCCCAGCCUUAGCUUGCACUCCGGAGGCUGCGCGAGAAGAUAAAGCCCGCGACCUCUACACCAGGCUGUGUUUGGGAUUGGUGAUUGGUGGGACGUUACCCGCAAUUUGGUGCGGGUCGUUUCUUCAGCAUGCUGUACUUGAGAAGCUGGAUGAGACACCACUCGCGAAGCGAGACGCGCAGCACGAGAAGAAGAGGAUGGCCCAGCAGAAGGAGGAAGCCGAAAAGCAGUCGCCCCGGAUCCUAGCCGCGUCCGGCCAAUGGAGCAUUGGCUCAGAGACGGAGUUCAUCCUCUUUCAGCUUCUCUCCACCGAGUCCGUAGCGGAGGUUCCUCCCGAUGAGCACCCCCUCCUCUGCCCGCAGCAGCUGCUAGUGCGACAGUCCCAUGGUUUGGCCGUUCGUUUCUGGUUCUUGCCUUUUGGAGUCUUGUCCUGCGUUGCCGGUGUGCCGGCCGUUCCUCUUCUGGUUCUUGGCUGUUCUAGGUGCUUGCGGGUCACUGUAGUGAGUGACGUCAACCGUGAGGAAGGGGUGCAGGAUUCCUUCACGGUUCAGUACUGUCACAGGCUUCGGCAUUAUCCUAGACCUGGCGCUGGAUGCCGGCCGUCUAUUGCCUGGUCUGGCCUCCCUCCCUUUGUCUACUUUACGCGCUCUGGCGUCCGCGCUAGCGGCGGCACUUGGCUCUUGCUGGGCCACUCCCCUCCCUCUCCCGGAGCGCUCACUGGCACUUUCCCGGCCUCACGCCUGCCGCCCUUCUGCCCGGCCCGGGCGGGUGGCUUCUUGACUAAUCUCCUAGCAGCUUUCCGGCCCUUCAUGCCGGCCGCCUGGGUGGGCGGUGGUCCUGGCUACGUGCCAGCCGCCUUCUGGCCUAAUCUCGCAAACACUUUCUUCCUUGGCGUUAGAUUGAAAGGGGAAAUGAAAACUUGCCAGAUCACGGGCAACGUGCCAUGCAUGAGAAAGCAUCCAAGCAGUAGCUCCCAAAGCGUUUGUGCUCUGAGCCAGCUGAUGACCAUGUUGAGGGCCCUGUGCGCUUCCAGCAUCUUGCCCGCCAUCUGGGCCUCUUCGGACGGAUGCCAGCAGAUCUCGAAAACGGAGCGGGUAGACUGCCAGAAGAUGGACGAGAGCUCCUGCACGGCAGCUGGCUGUUGCUGGUCUCCCGUGGAUCCGAAUCCAGAGAACCUGCCCUGGUGCUUCUUCAGUGAUAGGAAAGUGCAGAGUUGCAAGAUCGGAGCAGAUCCGCAGACUCCCUUCUCUGAUGCUGAGCUGCAGGAGGUCCUGAAGUACUUCGAGGCGAACCUGGAUGCGGAGGGCACUGGCGAGGUCAUGGCUUCUCCCGACCAUGCAACUGGUCCUGGAGGCGAUUACUACUUUGCGUGGGCAAGGGACGGCGCUCUCAGCAUGAAUGCAUACCUGCAGUCCAAGGGCUCCCUGCAGGAGAUGGAGGCGAAGAUGGAUGCUUGGAUCUCUUGGUUGGAGAGAUCCCAGAACCAGCCGGACCCAAACAACAUCAAUAUCCUCGUGGAGCCGAAGUACCUCAUCCCAGAAGGCACCCCCUACACUGGCGGUUGGUGCCGGCCGCAGAACGAUGGCCCAGGUCUCCGCUCCAUCACCGCCAUGGCCUACGCCGGACUGAAGCCCAGCAUGGGCAGCCGUGUCUGGGCCCUGGUGCAGCAGAACCUUGACUGGGUGGUGGAGAACUACGACAGCGAGACCUGCGAUCUUUGGGAGGAGGUGCGGUCUCCCGACUUCUUCUGGAACCGCUACACCAUGCGCAAGGCGUUAAAGCAGGGUGCCGCCUUCGCCAAGUCCGUUGGUGGGGACGAGGGUCGGGCUUCCAAGUACAGUGAGACGGCGGCCGCUCUGAGCAACCAGUUGCCGUCCCACAUCGACUCCUCGGGUUAUGUCUUCGAGUCCUCGAACCGGCGCAAGGACACUGCCGUGAUCGAGGCAUUCAACGUGGGGGACAUGGAGGACGGAGUGUUUGCGCCCCUGAACAAGGAGGUCGUUGCCACCCUGUCGGAGCUGAGCAAGCUCUUUUGCCGAAGCUAUGCCAUCAAUCAGCAGGCUGCAUCGAAGGGCCUUCCGGGUGUCCUGUUCGGCCGCUACGAGGGCGACAGCUAUGACGGCGGGAAUCCCUGGGUGUUGCUGACGGCCUCGGCAUCCACGCUGCUCUACCGCCAGGCAGCGGCUGCUGCGCACACGCCGCCCACUGCAGAGGUGAAGGCCCUUCUCUCCGACCUCUUGGGACGUGAGCCGACGCCGCAGAAUCUGCUGGGAGCCGGUGAUGCCCUGCUGCUUCUCAUGAAGAAGUACCUCACGAACGGAAUGCACAUGAACGAGCAGAUCGAUCGGAACACAGGUGAGCUCAAGUCGGCCAAGGACCUGACUUGGAACUAUUCCAACAUUCUCAAGGCCAUGGCUGCUCGAAAAGCUGCCGCAGAUCUGCUGUGUUGCUUGCGUGAUGUCGAUUGGGCAGAGCGGCUCCUGGCCACCGCGCGCUCGGAGUUGGAGCAGCUGAGCCCUGAACAAAGCCAGGUGCAAGCCGAACUUCAGUCCGCCCAGCGGCGACACGAGGAACUCUCCAGCCGUGCCGAGCUGGACGACCAGCGCCGCAUACGUUUGGAGGGCCAGGCUUCGGAGUUGCGCAAGAAGCUCGAGGGCCUUGAGGUGGAGGAUCUCAGGGCGUCGGCGCAGUCCGCUCGAGCCUUGCACGAAAGUUCUGCAGCAGAAGCUGCCCAGAAGAAGGGAGAAGUGCAGGAACUCGCCGCAAAAUGCCAAGCCCUCCGAGAGAGCAGGCUGCAGCUUGAAUCCGAGCGGCGCCAGAUCUUGGAGGAGAUUCAAGACAUCACUGCGACGGAACGUCAGAUCGAAAUGGAGAGGAGAUUGACCCGGGUGUGCACGGACCUGUCACACGCCGUGCCUGGUGUCUUCGGCCGAGUCGUGAAGCUCUGCAACCCGGUUCAGAAACGGUUCCGUGUGGCGGUUAAUGUAGCGCUGAACGGCCACCUGGACGCAGUCGUCACGCAGACGGUGGACGGGGCUCGCUCCUGCGUGCAACACCUCAAGGAUGGGAUGAUGGCACCGCUGACUUUCCUGCCCCUGGACAACCUGAAGAGCAUGGUCAUGGACCGACGGCUCCACGAGGCCCUGCAAGGCCGCAUGAAGCUGCGUCCGGCUCUCAGUUGCAUCUCCUUCGAGUCCUCGUUGAGUCGGGCUUUCGACUUCCUCCUGUCGGAUGUCGUGAUUGCCGAUUCCUUGGAUGACGGCCGAGAGUUUGUCUUCGGCGUUCUGAAGGAGUUGGGCCUGAAGUGCAGGGUGGUGACGCUCAGCGGGGAGGUGAUCUCUCGGGACGGGAACCUUGCUGUCAAAGCCGAGGGUGCACAACCAGGCGCCACGCGCUUCGACUUCAGCGCCCUCGAGGCCACCCGCGGCCGCCUGCAGGUCCUGCAGACGCAGCUCACCGAGCUCAGCUCCGGAGUAGCACAGGCGGAGGCAGCGAAGGCGGCUGUGGAGGAGGAAGCUCGACGGUUCGAGGCGAAGGAGAACCACAAUCAGCUCUGCUUGCGGGAGUUCGAGGUCGAGGUCCAAGCCCGGCAGCAGGAGCUGGCCGAGUCCGUCGCGGCAGCAGAGCGGCUGCCCACCGCUGAAGCGCUGUCCGAGGAGGAGCAGCGGCUUCGCGAGCGACUCGUGACUGUGGAGGAGGGCGUCAGCUCUUCGGCUCGAUUUCAAUCUUUCGUUGACCUGAGCAUGCAUUUGCCUUUGAUGGGAAUGCAGUUUUACGAGGAAAAGACAGCUCUCGUGAACUCAGAUAUGUCGUGGCGAUACAGCCCUUUGAAGCGGCGCUUCUUAUUUUUCAUCACUGCUCGAAUUCGCCGCAACAUCACAAUGGUGAAAUUCCUUCUGAACCAUGGCCUUGAAGUUAACUUCACGGAUCAAUGGAACGUGAACGUGCCCUUAAAAGCUAGCCAAGCACGGAUGGAGGGUAUUGACAGGCUGGCAAGCGGCUUGGAUCCCUCUGCCUUCACUUUAGCAGCCGUUGACCGUGCGCACGUGGGAAGAGGUUUGGGAGGAUUGCUGCUGGAAGCGGCGGAGGCCAACGUUGCGAUGAACAAAGGCAUCACAAGCUUCACGGUAAAGGUCUUGGAAGCGCUGCGGCGGCGAGGCAUGAACACGGCGAUCCCAAUGUACAGGGGUAGCAGCAGCGGCUGUUUCUGUGGCAUGCAUGGGCAGUCUUACGAGAUUUUUACGGGCAUCAGCGGCGGUGCCGCGGUGUCGGAUCGUUUUGCCGCACUUUCGGCGGCGCUGAACGUGGAUGAUGUGCGCCGGCUGGAGCGCGAUGCGCGCUUGAACCGGGAGGCUGUGCAGACUUUCGCGCGUCAGGACAUAAGCUUUCAGGCGGCGCAGUAUCGCGAAAGCGCGCUGUCCCAGCAGUCUCAAUCCUUCAAGGCCGAGCUCACCAUGAUCGAGUGGGCGCUGGAGGGCCGCCGUGUCCAGGGCGUGCCCCAGCGAGCCCGGGAGUGCGAGGUGGAGCUCCAAAUCCUUCGAAAGCGAGCUGAGGAGAUCGAGAAGCGGCGAGAGGGCCGAAGCAAAGUGGUCGAGGAGCACGCUGCAGCUGGGCCCUUGACCCGCCGAAUCGGAUCCAAGGCCCUGCAACAGAAACGUGAGCUCGAGAGGAAUCAAGAGCAGGCCUGUUCGAGGCUGCGCAUGGAGCUCAAGGACAAAGAGAGGGCAGCCACUCAGGCGGAGAGGCAGCUCGCCACCCUGUCGGCGGAGCUGGCGGUGGCGCACGAGGCGCGGUUCGAGCUCCUGCGGAAAAGUGUGCUGGAGGACAUCGCCCUGCCAUUCGGAGGCCCGCCCAGGGAGGCGAAGAAUGCCGCGAAGAGGCUUUCUGCGCCCUGA